AUGAUAGCUUCUUACUUUCCGAAUUUCAAGCAUGAAACAUCUGAUGGAGCACGCAAACUUACAUGCCUCACAAAAGAAUGUCAUAUAGCUAAAACAGAAGGAGAUACUUUUGAGCUCGUUGACACUACUGAUGUGAUUGAAGACUUUGGGAUGGGAAGUGUACACAGGCCUUCAAGAAACCUGCCGCAAAUCAUGGAUUCAAUGUCCCCCUCCCACGCCUUUGCGGGACUCGCGUGUAGAGGCAUCAAAUCUGAACCACAGAGCAGCAGCGGACUAUGCGAACUGUACAGCACUGCAUCUAAAAGGCGCGUAUGUCACGAAUCUUUGGUGUGUCAGGUCGAACACGAAUGUGCAAUUGAAAAUGAACCACAGAACAGCAGCGGACUAUGCGAACUGUACAGCACUGCAUCUAAAAGGCGCGUAUGUCACGAAUCUUUGGUGUGUCAGGUCGAACACGAAUGUGCAAUUGAAAAUGAACCAUCCAGUUGGACGGGAUACUCCGACGACACCGGCGCUACAAAUACCCCUCAACAGCUGGCCUCAACCGAAUCGGCGGAUACCGACGAACCUUCGAGUUCUGGAGGCAUUACCAACGGGGUAAUUUCAAGCUGAUAUUUUAUCAAGUUUUAACGGAGAUUGCCAUUUUUAUGUGUGAAGGUACUGACCUCAGGAUGCCUGAUUAGCCUUUGUGAGUGAGCAUUGAGUGUACCUGGUACAACGCGUGUUAUCAACCAGGCACGCUUAUUGGCCGACAAUGAUAUACUUUCGGACAAUAACAUUUGCGACAAGGGUUAAUGAAC